AUGGAACAAGAAUAUUUUGUGAAGUCUGAAGUGCACUCACCGUUUUCACUGAAAGAUCGUUUUUCUGUGACGGAAUCUCGUAGUACUACGCGCGGAGAGGAUGUCAUCUUCCUGAGAAGAAAGCCUCCUCUCAGACGGGCACUUAAGGAAUACAAAUAUGAGAAUUUUGUGAAGCCUGGAGUAGCUCAGAAGGGACAUUAUCCUGGUGUAAAAGUGGAGAUCAAACGUUCACCAAGCAGCUCAGAGCUGCCUUUUAAUGGUACACUCAAAAAGUCACCAGCAGCCGAAGAACCUCAGCAGAACGUGCUUGCUCCCGAUGUUGACGGCGGCGUUUGUGACGAAUGGCUAACUACCUAUGGAGGAUUUCGUACCCUGCCAGACGAGUGCGUUUUUCUAAAGCUAUCAACCUGCGAGUUGAACCAACAGCUUAUCGGAUUUAGGGAUCAGCCUAGUAUGGAGAACGGCAAAGUCACUCCUGCACCACCAUCUGAACAGACGUCAAGAAGACCAAGUUCUGCGAUGCAUUCUGAGAACGGAAGCUUUGCCCAGGAUUUUCAGGAUGACAGCUUCAACGAUGAUGUGUAUUACCCGGACGAUAGCGAUUCAUGCAAGAAGGAUCGUUUUAGGGACAUUCGUCCUGAUGAGUUCAAAGCGAUAGGAAUUGAUGUGAAGAGUCUUGUACCAAAGAAGGACUUCUAUGCGAUGACUAAGGAAGAGCGAGCUGCCGCAGUCGCUGCCGAGUUUGAAGCAAUAGAUGCAUUAGGACCUAAGAGAGAAGACGGCUACGUUAUCAGCAUUAUGGAUUUUUCGUGUCGUGUGAAUCCCUACCAUCUGAAUACAGCGAAGAUGAAACGAGUAAUGAAGUCGAUUCUGUCAAAUCCUCUUCUUGCUUACGACAAGGUGCUGUACACAAGGCGAGCAUUGUUGGCCAGACGCAGAGCGGCUGAACGUCACAAACUCCAGAAGGCUGGUCCCGAGGUGUACUUUAAGAAACUGGAUCGAUCACUUGACUCGAGCC